AUGAAAGAGGUGAUUGCCGAAGAGGUAGGAAAGGCAAUCGAGAAUAGUCUAUCCGGUUUUAUAGACAGAAUUCAAAAUACGGUGCUUUUGUUAGUUGAAGAACGGGUUAAAAGGUUAGAAGAUAAUGUCAACCUUGUGAAGGAAAAAUCCGUAGAACGGAAAGGUUGCUCAUACAAAGAGUUUAUGGCUUGUAAACCGCCAAUCUACAAUGGGGAGGUUGACCCGAUAAUAUGCCAACGAUGGCUAAGCGAUGUCGAAGGGGUGUUUGAAAGGACCCACUGUGAUGUAAGCGAUUUUGUGGCUUACGGAACGGGUCAGUUAAGGGGUCAAGCCAAGGAUUGGUGGGAUAAUAAGAAGAAGGAGAUUGGAGCCGAAGCUGCAAAGGCUAUGACGUGGGACGAGUUUAAGGUACCAUUCCUUAAACACCACAGUCCCAAGGCGGUCAUCAACAGAAUCAAGGAGAAAUUCAUCCAGUUAAGGCAAAAGGGUGAAUCAAUUGAUAAGAUCACGGGUAUUUUCAUGGAUAAGCUGAGAUUCUAUGAUGAGUUAGUGACUACCGAAGAGCAGAAGAUAUACUACUAUUACAAUAUGCUGAGCGCUGAAUAUCGAGAGUUCAUGACUCCCUCGAAGUACGAGACCCUCACGGAAAUCAUUAACACCGCCCGGGAGCGGGAGAUUGAAUUAAAGAAACAAAUAGAGAGGGGCGAACGAAGGGCGCAGGAUGUGAAUCCAAGUCCGACAAAGAAGGCGAGAACAACGGAGUCGGCAAGAAAAUCUGAUGUGAAGGGCGGAUCGCCAAGUUUUAAGGUGUGCAGAAAGGGGCAUAAAGGUUAA